CCUGAAUGAUGGAUUUGGAAAAACAUAGCGACGACGACUCUCCUCUCUCUCCUCUUUCCUUCAGAUACCUUGAGGUUGAAAAUGAUCGCAAUCAAGAAUCGGGCAACAAUGACCCGCCGUCUCCGCCGCCUCAGGAGAUUUUCUACUUCUUCUCCGAUAUCCCCCUUGAGAAACACCGCAUGAGCGAUUCCGCCGUCGAGAUAAACGGGACCCAGAGAUGGGACUACUUCCGGUCACACUCUUUUAGCGGCAAAAGAGAAUCCGGGUCGGGUUCGGAGCGGGUCGCUUCGGCGUCACGGAAGGUGAACAUUAGCUCUCUGACGUCCAUGUCGUCGGCGUCGAGGCGGCGGAUGUUCAUGUUCGGGCCGGUGAGGUUUAAGCCGGAGAUGGAUCUUGUUGCCAUCAAGGAGAGGCAGCGCCGCCGUCUCUCACCGAAGAAGGUCUUGCCGGCGACCGUUGCUGAUGAGGGAGCGGUUGCGAACGGCGGCGACCGACCGAAGCGGCGGGGAGUUAGGUCCCGGCUGUGGGACCUGGUGGCUAAGCGGGUUGGCUGCCUUAGAGUUGACGUUAACGACUAAUAAUAAUAUAAUUAUCAUCAGUCGCUUCGAUCAUUAUUCAGCCGUACUUGGAGAGGAGAUCAGAGGGGUCGCCAUAUUCACUGACCUCUUGUGGAAUUAUGCCACAGAACGAUCUUUCAGACUCUCCAUAGAAGAGUCAAUGAUAUGAUAGACGGCCGGCCGGCCGGCCGGCACUUUCUCCAGCCCUGAAAGCCGAUCGAUAAGGGUUUGUUUUUCGUCUGCGAUCUGCUGAGAAGAUCUGAGCUUAGUCAAUAUUUUUGGAAAGAAGGAACCAACAUUAUCUGUGGUCUUUAUUAGAUUUUAAUUACCCUACCUAGAUGCUAUGCUAGUUGUUUUUUACGCUUUUUCGGUUUUAUCCUGCCAAAAAAACAUCUAAAACACGCAUUAAUAAAUGAGAGAAUUA